UUGUGUGCCUUGGUCAAAGUCAUUGUUACACCCCCCAAACACCCAAUUGUACCUUUCCUGCCCUCCCUUCAUCAUUGAUCGUUGAAUCAGCCCAGCCCGCGGAUCCGUGCGAUUGCGUUCGUGUCUGUUCGUACAGUGUUUUUAAGUGGCGCCCAUACUUAGAUGUAAUUUACCCCAGAUAAAACUAAGCAAGGUUCCAGACAUCUUGAGUUUUAUCAUUUGCCCCAAGUGUGCCGUUGACAUAAGUCGUGCUGCUCCGCGGUUUCGCAAGCGAGAAAUACAAAGAAAAGUGAAGUAGAGAGACAGAGAAAGAACCGGAAGACGUCGAAUUAACGUUAAAUUAACGGAACGCGGUCUAAAUUAGCGCCGGCCAACAAGUCCGCAGCCUCCCUGCGGCCCAAAACAUUGGCGUGCACGCCGUGCUCUAGCGAGUCGAUCGUUGGCUUGCCUCGAUCCUCGUGCUGUCGUGAAUCCCGGAGGCGGAUCGCUAGUAUUUCACACGUUUGCCUGAUCAAAUAGAAACCAAUCGCAAGUAAAAUCAUCCUACCACUGUUUUGCGUCGAACUCGCGUUUUGUUUGAUCGUUACGAUAACGCCACACAGCGUCAUUUUAUCUGGCUCGCGGUCGCCGUACCCGUAGUAGUGUGUUCUCGAUUGUAAAACAGAAGAAGAAGAAGAAGCAUAAACACAGGGAGAAACUCAAACUCUAUUACGAUGCUUCUGAGCCGAAAUAAGUUCGGCAGUAUACGCCCGCUGAAGCAACCAAAGCUCGACGCAAUGGACGCUCCGGCCACCUCGGACAUUGUCAUCAUCAACGGGAACUCGCAUCCAGACCUGGCGAAUCUGAUUGCCAACCGGCUCGGUGUGGCCAACGGAGGAUGCGCAGUUUAUCACAAAACCAAUCGCGAAACGAUGGUCGAAAUCGGAGACUCGGUGCGCGGAAAGGACAUCUACAUCAUACAGACCGGCACGAAGGAUGUUAAUAACAACAUCAUGGAGCUGUUGAUCAUGGCGUACGCGUGCAAGACUUCGUCGGCCAAGUCGAUCGUGGGUGUGAUACCAUACCUGCCGUACUCGAAGCAAUGCAAAAUGCGCAAGCGCGGCUGCAUCGUGUCGAAGCUGCUGGCAAAGAUGAUGUGCACGUCCGGACUGUCCCACAUCAUCACGAUGGACCUGCAUCAGAAAGAAAUUCAGGGCUUCUUCGACUGCCCGGUCGAUAAUCUACGUGCUUCGCCGUUUCUGCUACAAUACAUUCAGGAGAGCAUCCCCGACUACCGGAACUCAGUGAUUGUCGCCCGCAACCCCGGCUCGGCAAAGAAGGCCACAUCGUACGCUGAGCGGCUGCGUCUCGGCAUCGCCGUCAUCCAUGGCGAGCAAAAAGAGUCGGAGGCGGACGAGGUGGACGGGCGCAACUCACCGCCAACGCUGCCAAAAUCGCGCACUAUGGACGUAUCCGGUGGCGUGCCGAUCCAUCCGGCGAAGGAAAAGCCCCCGAUCAACGUUGUCGGUGACGUUGGCGGCCGGAUUGCGAUCAUGGUGGACGAUAUGAUCGACGACGUUCAGUCGUUCGUGGCCGCGGCCGAAGUGCUCAAGGGCCGGGGCGCGUACAAGAUUUACGUGCUCGCGACGCACGGUCUGCUCAGCCAGGACGCUCCCCGGUUGAUCGAAGACUCGGCAAUCGACGUGGUCGUCGUCACCAACACGAUACCGCACGAGAUCCAGAAGAUGCAGUGUCACAAGAUCAAAACGAUCGAUAUCAGUAUUCUGCUGGCGGAGGCGAUCCGGCGCAUACACAACAAGGAAUCGAUGUCGUAUCUGUUCAAGAACGUCACGCUCGAGGACUGAGCUGGACAGCGCGUCCGUGUGGUCACCUACACGAUCCGCACCAUCGUUCCCCCGCGUAUACCAGAGGUCGGCUGGUGGCUACGCUCAUUUCAUUUUUUGUUUGAAAGGAAAAACACACACCCCGCCGCGCCGCACCCGGCGCUGGAUCACGAUGGCAGGAAGAGAUGAAUGAGAACCAGGAGGACCUUAACAUCGCCAUUCGGCCGCCCGCUGGGACCAGUGAUUUCUUACUUUUCGUAUUUCGUAACACAAGCAACAAAUUUUAAAACCAAUGUUAUAUAUUUUAUGAUCGUUUUAACAGUAUCCUGUAUCAUUCGCCUGUCUGAAGUAACAGCGUUCAACAGAGCAGCAUCCGGAGUAGGACGCAAACUCCGAGAGAUGUUCAUCCCAUCAUCAAAAACCCCUCGCCCCAUCACACACACACACAGUAAUCGUACAUACCACCUGCAAUAUAUAAAUGGUAGUGAAAAUCUAGGCAAUAGGGAAAAAAACGUACUAGAAGGAGCAAAAAAUGAUUAAAAUUAUGGCAAAGCAAAGUGUUAAGUGUAAAAACCCUGCCAGGCAAAACCAAAUAACAAA